AUGAUGGUGGUUUUCUUUAAUAAGCAAGGUAUUGUCAUAUCUGUUAUGCUCCCUGGACAAAAGACAGUAACCAGUUCAGGGUACACUAAAACCUGUCUAACUCUGUUCUUUGAGGUAUUUUUGAAUCGCAGACCAAUCUCGAGACUCAGUUUCUGGUCCCUGCAUCACGAAAAUGCACUUUAUGCUCAUAGAGCUGGCGCUACCACGGGUUAUUUGACAGUGGCGGGCAUCAAGGUGCUGGAGUAUUCUCCCUACAGGCCUGGUCUUGCUCCGUGUGACUUCGGUUUAUUCCCUUACAUCAAUACCUGCAUGAAAGAUCGCAAGUUUUCAACAGAGAAGCAGCCGAUAGCCGCGUUCGAAGAAGAAUUAGAUUUAGUUCCUAGACAAAAAUGGGAGGACUGGAUUGAUGAUUGGUUUAUGCGAAUGUUGAAAUGUAUUAACAAUCAAGGAUUACUU